AUGGUGCAGAAAAGUAACCAAAUUGUGCCAAUUCGUUUACCCUUAGCCGAUCUUAUUUUCAUCGUGAUCGAUGGUGCCACAAAUCUUUCUAUGGAAAAUCGACCUGCGGUACCACGAAGACCGAUCGUCAUAAGUCCAACUCACAGCAACACACCGACAAAUUAUAUGUAUGUCUUAUCGACCGAGGAAGAAUUGUUUCCUCGAAUGAAGGCAGAAUUUCUUGGUGAAAAAUGCGGCGGAAAUAUUCUGAGAAGAUCUGAUAUACGAAGCAAAAAAAUGACAGCAAAGAAAAACCGUUUUAAUGUAACUGUUUAA